CUUCUGGAUAUGAAAAUAUUUGUGGACACCGAUUCGGACAUCCGUCUGGUUCGGCGUUUGCGCCGGGACAUCAGCGAGCGAGGCCGAGAGAUUGACGGGGUCAUCAAGCAGUACAACAAGUUCGUCAAGCCGGCCUUUGACCAGUAUAUCCAGCCCACCAUGCGAGUGGCCGAUAUUGUGGUCCCACGAGGUAGUGGAAAUACGGUUGCUAUUGACUUGAUCGUUCAGCAUGUGCACAGCCAGCUGGAAGAGGGCAGCGCUGGCUUCUGCUCACCAGUGCCACCCGCUCCCCAAGACCCUCAGUGUCCUCAAGAACACACCGCAGGUCAGGGGGAUGCAUACCAUCAUCCGAGCUCCACAGUGCAAACGCCACAAGGCGAGGACUAUGAAGGUUGCACAUAUAGUGGGAAGCAAGUAAGUCCUACCAGCGAGAGGUCCUUGGAAGGGAAACCGGGUGACUAUUUGUUAGCAAGG